AUCAGACUGAACUUCAUCAGUCCAACUCCCAUCAGCUCCCUCCUUCCUCUCCUCUCCUCACCCCCCGCACCGCCGCAGGCCACAGAGCGAACUCCUUCGCCGCCUCCUUUCGCUCAGUCUUCCAGCGCACACCGCAGCGCGCGACAUCCGCCUCGUCUCUCCACUCAGCCUACUCUGGGAACUCCUCCGCGAAGCCACCUUCGUAUACGACUUCCGACAACGCAAGCCUACACCCCUACGCCGCCAUGGUCGCCGCACCACUACCCGUAGUGUCAAGCCACGACACCUCAGACGAUGAGGACGAGUGCCCCGUCUGCUUAGAGCCGCUGAGCUCCAGCUUCAGGCUGCCUGGAGAGAAGCCCCACAUCGUCCCCGAGUGCGGUCACGCCCUUCACGAGGCAUGCUUUACCGCUGUAUAUGGUCCCCCACCUGGCCCUUCACGCGCUGGCGGUGUUAUCCGCAAAUCCAAUCUCGGUGUAUGCGGUGUAUGCAGGCGUCCGAUGAAAGUGGGUGACGGAGAUGGCGGGAAAUCGAAUAAGCUUGCCGCUCUUACGGGGAUGGGUGAUCCUGGAGGCGCACAGUUGUUUCCCGGACGCGACACUCCCUCAUCUAUGCGAUCCUACGGCAGCCGCCCGCCACCACCUCCAAAGCCCUUCGACCCAACGGAAGACGAUCCCGUCGAGCACAGGGCAGCAUCGUCCUCGGAUCAGUCGCACUACGUCGUCGCGCCCUCCAUUCAGGUCCAAUCUGAAUUCGCAUCCAUCACGCGGACAUCCGAGCCCAGCCAGCCACUGACGUGCCUGGUGGUAGUGGAGCUCCCUGGAAAGAGGACGAACACGCACGUUCCAGGUGCAGUGAUGCCGAGGACAGACAACUACGCGCCAAAUACAACACACGCGUAUCGAGACAGCAGCAACCACUCUGUACACUCUGCGUCGCGCGACUACGCGAUGAUGUCCCCGCAGUCGCAACACAUGCCAUCCGACCAGCAAUCACACUCCGGCAGAUCACACAACCUAUCCCCGUCCAACUCACGAGAUCCACUGGUGUCAUCGCCACUCGAACGCGAGAUCAUCCAUGAAGAGGAUGCAGACUCGCCGUUCGCUGCGAUCACAGAGGAUCUUCGGAACCGCAUCAUCGACUGGAAAGGACACCCGCUUUCUGGACUCGGCCCGCUCCAGAUGUACGACCUCUUGUCAGUGCGACGAGACGCCCUGGUACGCGAGUUCUUCGUGUAUCUCUUCAAGGAGGCGAUCAUUUGUGUCGUGGAAGAAAAGAAGCGCAGCCUUACGCGCCUUCUCUCUUCUGCUGGCGCAGCGUCGGCAUUUGGUGACGGCACUGGGUCUGGAUCCCUCAAUGGCGGUGCGCAACGCGGGGUGCUCCGUCUGAAAGGCAGGAUUUACAUCCGCCACAUCCGCCAAGUCACCGACACCUCGGUGGCUGGCGAGCUCAGCCUAACGAUUGACAUGGAAGACGAGCGCCUGGACUCGUUCAUCCUGAUCUUCAAGGACCGAUCGUCGUUGGAAACCUGGAAGUCGCACGUCCAGGCGCUGGUCGCCAACAACCAGGAGCGCAACGGGCAUCAACACCACCAGUCCGACUACAUCCGCUCGCCCGACCUGGAGGAGUUCGGCGGGAGCCAGAAGGCGAUGCGCAUGCUCAGCGGGAGCACGACCGGCACCACGGUUAGUACCGCCGAUAGCUUGUUGAAUGAGUCGUCGCGCUCGACCGUGUCUUCUAACACGUCGUACGGCUCGGCCUCGCUCGGUCCGCGUGCGGGUCUCCACCAGAAACUCUCUACGCUGGACGAGGAUGACGAGCUGAGCCGCUAUGGGUCGCCCGCACCCCUCGUGGCGCCGCACAUGUCCGCCGGCCCCUCCAACUCCCUCACUCCUCUCCCGCAUGCCCCGCUGGACCUCAUCCUGGUGAUCUCCGUGCCGGGGCCCAACGCGACCCCGAGCACUGCUGCGCUCAAGAUGCGCGUCAUCAAAACCUCGCUGGACUUCAUCCUGGGCUCUAUGGCGCCCAAGGACCGCUUGAGUCUGGUCACGUUCGAGGUCGGUGUCGGCGGCAAGGUGCGGCGGACGCCGUUCCUCAACGUCGGGAAGCCGCAGAGCCGGGGUCGCCUGAGCAGGUUCAUUGAGGACAUCGCGCGCCGGGAUGACUUCGACGACGAGUUCCUGGUGCGUGGCUCGCAGGAGGACAAAACGGACGUCGUGACAGCCGUCAACAAUGGCCUCGACGUGGUGCUGCAGCGCAAGCAGCGGAACCCGGUGACCGGGUUCGUGCUUGUCAGCGACGCGUCCGACACCACUCGGCGCGCGCAGAUGGACCUCGUCCUCGCGCGUGCCGAGGCGGCGAACGUUCCGAUCCACUCGUUCGGCUACGGCCGCUCGCACGACCCGGCGUCACUCUGGCUCAUGUCGAACCACACGAGCGGGACGUACACGUUCGUGAAAGACUGGUACGACCUCCGGGACUGCCUCGCCGGCUGCAUUGGCGGCAUGAUGUCCAUCGCGCUCAUGAACAUGAAGCUGCACCUGAAGAUCGUGGACGGCAACCGCUUCCGCAUCCGGAAGAUCUCCGGCGGGCCGCUCGCGAUCCUCUCCUCGGACGGCCGGGACGUGGACGUCGAGGUCGGCGAGCUGCGCUACGGCGAGCGCAAGGAGAUGCUCGUCGAGCUGGAGCUCGACAACUCGGACGUGAUGCACAGCCCGGCCCCUUCGCCACAUCACACGCACUCACCCCGUGCGCUGAGUGCGACCGACGCCUUCAACCAACGCAUGGGUCUCGAUGCGCUUUCCAUUGGAGACUACGCCGACCUCGCGGAGGGCAUGAUGGAUCGCAUGAUUGACGAAGUGCCCGUGUUCGAGGUCGACGGCUCGUUCUUCGAUCCGAACGCCGUCAAGCACGUCUCGCGCCUAGCGCACCCCGUCCUGCUUACCGUCACGCUCCUGCCGAACACAGGCAGCCGGCCGCGCACGCCCGCGUCGAACACCUCGGACCCGGUUAUCGUGCGGAGGCGAAUGGAGCUGCUCGCGUCAGACAUGAUGACGCGCAUGCUCGUGCUCGUCUCGCGCCGCAACAUCCCGCAGGCGCAAAAGCUGAUGGGCGAAACGCGCCGCAUUCUGCACACGGUGCUGCAGAAUAUCACGCAGACGCUCCCGCCGCCGAAUAGAGACGGGAGCACGGCGACGCGGAACCGCAAGGAGGUGCUCACGCUCUCCGCGGUACGCGCGAUCCAGGCGAUCAUGCAGGACAUGCAGAUCCUGUCGGAGGCGCUGGACGAGCAUGCGGAUACGUUUGCCUUGGACCAGCGUAACUUUGGCGCGCAACAGGCUAAAGUACUUCGUGACCAGAAGAGCUGGAGUGGGCGCAGUGCAAUCGAACGCCUCUUCUGGACGAUCGACAGCUCGAUUGAGCUAGUCUCACGAAGUAACGACUGGGUCGCCCGCGAGUAAUCGUGCCGUUGCUUCCUUUACUUCCCCAUCUACCGCCCAAUUCCCUUCUUCGCCAUUUUUCCGCUUCACGUCUUGCCUCUCAUCAUGCGCUACCCCGGAUCCCGCGAUAUCCCGAGCAGCCACGACAGGAAAUACCGUCUGUUUUUAUAUCCACCCCUGGACCCCGAUCUAUUGUUUCGAUAUCCUCGCCUGCCUGCGCGCGUCGGUUCUCUCACCCAUCUACGUCUACGUUUCCCCCUCGAUCCCAUUCCGGCUGUGUCCGCGCUUUCUGCUUUUUUUGACCAGUGUCUGUCGCCUCUCAUUUGUCGUUUCAUCUCGCUGCGUCUUGUCCGUACAUGUAUACCACGCUCGCGCACCGGGGCUAUCCAGCUGGGCCGGGCUAAUCCGUUGACCGCGGCGAUGGAGGGUGGAGGGUGCUCUAUUCUCAUGGACCGUCGUCGCUGUCGUAGCCGCUAUCGCCUUGGCGUUCGGUGUAAUUCUGUGUAACGUUAUUGGUAGACAGAAGAUAUGCAAAUAUGCACAUG